UCGUGAACGAGAUCCACUUGAUUAUUAAAAUAAAUUAAAUCUUUACAAGUUUCAUUCAUUACUAUUAUACACUAGUCUAGUAUUAGACAUACCUAACUAAAAAUUUUAUUCAAACAAUAACUAUUCUAUCCCUUCCAAAAGUAAUUGACACCAACUAAUACGCCUUGAAGAAAAGGUAAGAUAAGCAUUUAAAUUAAAAAAUGAAAAAGACCAUCAUGGCGGCCGACGUCUUAGCAACGAGUCAAGUUGAACUUAAACUAUUGAAUCUAUAAACUUUUCUAAAAAUUCCAACACAAAACCAACACUUCUUCUUCUCCUCCUCACACCCCCAUAAAAACCUAACACCCUCGCCGGAGCAAAUUUCCCGGAGAUAAAAAAUGGACACCAAAGAGAAACACGCGAUGAUCCGCGACAUCGGUUUACAAAUAGUUAUGAUACUUGCAAUGAUCUUAAUCUUCCUCAGCAUGCACGGUAUUCCCCAGAAAUUUCUCGCUAAACUCCGAAUCCGCAACCGAACCGGUAUCAAAGCCAAGCGUCACUUCGUUAGAGGCGCUCAGCUUCUCACACAAGCGAGAUCUUCCAAAAACAAAUCCAGAUCCGCCAUCAACAACCUCGCCAACGAGGCCCUAGCCGAAGCCGAAAAAGCAAUCGAACUCGAUCCUAAAGACGCCGCUUCGUAUCUUCUCAAAGCUAUGGUUCUAGAUCUUCAGGGUUUUAGAACCUCCGCUCUUGAAUCGCUCGACGCGGCGUUGUCUCCUCUCGCUGCUGGUUCUCUUGCUGAGGGAGAACGUGGUGACGCGUUGUUUAAGAGAGCUGAGCUGAAACUCGCGACGAGUGAACGCGGACGAGUUGACUCGGCGCUUGCGGAUUUGACUGAGUCGGUGAUUUUGAGUCCGAAGAACGCGAAGGCUUGGUGUGCGUUAGGGGAGUGCUAUGAAGGGAAGAAAAUGGAGGUGGAAGCUAAGAAAGCGUACAAGGAGGCUCUUGAGUUGGAGCCACAGUUUUCUGUGCCGGUAGAAGCACUUAACAGCAAUGGGGAAAAAGAUGCAGUGUCGUCUUGAACUUCUAUUGGGAAAGAAUGUCUGUUGGAGAGGUGUUUCAUUAGCUCUGGCACCACAUGUCAUCUCAGAGUUUAGGUGUUUCAUGGAGCAAAUGAGGUCUUGCUCACUGAAGGCUCAAGUGGUAGAUCAAUAUCAUCAAAGCUGUUCUAAAAUGAAAAAUAAAUAAAUUUGUUAGUCCACUACUGGUUUCUACUCAGUGCUCAUCAAUGUAUACAUCACUAAAAACAUGUGAGAAAUUGAGUACUUUCUUUGUUGUAUCAAAUUUUCCCUUUUAACUACUAUUAUUUUUUACUCAA